ACUGAAACUCUCACUGACUGUCAGGUCCAGAAAGUCAGAGGGAGAUGAAAGUCGGGGUUAGCUUAGUUAAAUUGCAGAGGCACGUCAUUUUAGACAUUCUGGAAGCGCUGUAGAAACGCAUUCCUUGGAUUUUCUCAUCAGAUUCACAGUCAGGACUAAGCACAACCCUGCAGAACUCAGAAGAAUUCUUUCUUUUUCACUGAGGUUGCAGGUUUUUGGCACAGACGCAGAACAGUGGACGUUUGGAUCCGCCGCAACUUGUCAUUUUAGAUCUGAGGGACCAACACGGCAACCCAGAGGCAAUUGCAGGUUUCGCUGCGGAGAGAAUAGCCAGAGGUGGCCCAGAAAUUGGGAUUUGGGCGUGUGAGCUAUGUGCUUCUGUGGUGGACGAGUGAGGUAGAGCAUCCAUAGAUAUUCAGAUGGUGUUAUGGUGUCGGUGAGAUGGAGGCUGACUUCACAGUGAAAAGAGAAAACAAAGGGAGAAGUGAGUUUUGCUUUAAUGCGGGACAUGACUGCGCAAAGAAACAUGCUGUGAUCACACCUGAAAGACCUUUAUUUUGCAUUAUGAGGAAGAAAAGUGCUUUUUGGAGCCAACUUGAGAAAGUUUAACCUGUUUUAUCAGGUUAGUGCUACAGAACUAGUUUUUCUUUUGAGUGACAGACAGCUUUGACGAAUCAAUGAAGGAGUCUGAUCUUAACUGGGAUUUUGACCAGUCCUGGGAUUCAAUCCUAAAACCAGCUGCACGUCUUUGCCUCAACACCUUGGAUUUUUCAGACUUAUGGGAUGAGGACGACAGUGGAGAGGACGAGGGAACCAUCACAGCAAAAGACCUAAAAACAAGCUCCCAAGGCCCACCGGCACCCCCUCCUCUUCCUCCUCUCGCCCCACCUUUACCUUCAGCUUCCCCUAAAGGUGCAAAUGUUAAAAGUCACACCUUGAAGCUCCACUGGAGGGAAUUACAGAAUCUAGCCCCGCUUCCCAGGACAACACGCUUUGGGAGGCAGACUAUCUGGGCGGGACUUGAGCCAGUGCAUUUGGAUACAAACCGGCUUGAGUACUUGUUUGAAUCUAAGACCAGCACCACCAGUUUUAAUGUGGUUUCUGCACGGCAGAAGCAGCAAUCGGUCUCAGUGCUGGGAAUGAAGCGGAGUAACAUCAUCGCCAUCGCCCUGAGCAGCCUGCCUCCUCCUCGCCUCCUCCCCCCUGCUAUCUACAGCAUGGACAGCAGCGUGCUGGACAGAGAGGAUGUCCAGCGUCUUCAAGCUCUGACCCCAACAGAAGAGGAACUUUGUUUGAUCAAGGAGGCCAAAGCCCAGAAUCCACACUCCCCUCUGGCACAGGCCGAGCUCUGCCUACUCACUCUGGGAGACAUCCCUCACCUGAGUACAAGGCUCCAGCUGUGGGCCUUCGCUCUGGACUACGAUUCCUUAGAGAGGGAAAUUGCCGAGCCUCUUUUUCACCUAAAGUUGGCCAUGGAACAACUGGCAUCCAGCCAGACCUUUAGGUGUAUUCUAGCCACGGUGCUUGCGAUCGGUAACUUUCUUAAUGGAUGUAAGGCCCGUGGUUUUGAGCUGAGUUACCUGGGAAAGCUAUCUCAAGUGAGGGAUACGCACACCCGCCAGCCUCUGCUGCACCACGUCUGUGUGCUCCUGCUGCAACUCUACCCACAGUCCUCUGACCUGUACUCUGACAUCACUGCAAUUACUAAAGCUGGGAAGUGUGACUACUCCCAGGUCCAAUCCAAUUUUACUCUACUGGAGAGCAUGUGCAAAGCAUCAUGGGAGCAGCUGAAGGUACUAGAGAAGGCUGAGGAAAAGGGGAAAGGAUGGAAAGGGGAUAGGAAAAAAGGAAAAGGCGAUGAGGCCUUGGCCCCUGAGAGUUCAAUUCGUCUCAAACUGCCAAAGAUUCUGAAAGAGUGCGAGGAGAGGCUGAAGGUCCUGAGAGCUGUCCAUCGUCGAGUUGUCAACAGGUUCCACUCUUUCCUACUGUUCCUGGGUUACUCUCGCUCCAUGGUGAGAGAAACAAAAGCAGAGGACUUCUGCAGAACCAUCAGCAACUUCUCGCUGGAGUACAGGACCAUGCGGCAGGCCAUCCUCCUGCAGAGAGAGCGUGAACAACAAAAAGGUGGAGCAGAAAGCACAGGUCUGAACACACCCGUGGGUAGGAGGAAAUGUCAGCAAACUCCAUCUCAGGAAAGCGAUGAGCAGUGUAGGUUGGAGGAGGUGCUAAAAACCCCUGAGUCCAUCUCAAGACUGGAUGUCACUUUGCCUCGAAACCGAAGGAGGAUGACUGACGUCCAAGGUUCAUUUUCACGGAAACUAAAGUGGUGACCCUACUGAUUUACUUUUCAGUACCUGGCAAAUGCUAUUUAUGCUAAUUAUUGCAUCGCUAUAACACGUUUAACCCUAGAAGCAGCAAUCAAAAAGCCAUUCAUGAGUGACAGUUUGAAAUAAAUGUGCUUUAAAGCAAAUGCUUUGUCUGUGCUUUUGUUGAAAGUCAAUAAAAUGAUGAAUACAU